AUGAUCAUUGUUCAUUGUUCAUUUUUCACAUUUCCGCGCUUCAAUCUGUUGUCUAAUUGCAAAAUAUGUCUUUUUUUGUUCCUUGAAAUCGCUCUCGACGAACAGUUGAUAUCUCAUCUGUUUCAUCGCUUUGUUUUAGAAAUGACGCCAGUCUCCAUCUCGUCGCCAGCGAGUGAGGCGUCUUUCUUCACAUUCGGUCCCACUCCGACGCAACAUCUGCCGCCAAGAACUUUUCCACCCACAGACCCACGCUUGCUCACGUGUCAGUAG